AUGGUGUAUACAGAUGCUUCAGGCAUUGGUCUUGGUUGUGUGCUGAUGCAGGAGGGCAGAGUGAUAGCAUAUGCUUCGAGACAGUGGCAGGGCAGUGAGCGUAACCGUCCUACACAUGACUUAGAGUUGGGAGCAGUGAUCUUCGCGUUGAAGAUUUGGAGGUCUUACUUGCUAGGUGAGACAGUACAGGUCUUCACGGAUCACAAGAGUUUGCAGCAUAUCUUCACUCAGCCGAUGAUGAACGCGAGACAGACGCGCUGGGUUGAGUUCUUGGCGGACUAUCAGGUGAGCAUUAACUACCAUCCGGGCAAGGCUAACCUAGUGGCGGACGCGUUGAGUAGACGGAGGUAUGAUUCCGCAGUUGAGCGAGAUGUGGAGUCUCUGGUUGGCGAGAUCAGUACCUUGCGUUUGUGUGCCAUUUCGCAGGAGCCUUUGGGUUUAGAGGCAGUGGAUCAGGCGGAUCUACUUAGCAGGAUCAGAGUUGCUCAGCAGAGUGAUCAGAGUUUGCUGGAUGCGACUAGAGUGACUGGUUCUGAGUAUGAGGUCUCUGCGAAUGGGACUAUCUUGGUUCGUGGGCGAGUUUGUGUGCCUAAGGAUGUGGAGUUGAGACAUCAGAUUUUGGGAGAGGCUCACGCGAGCAAGUUUUCCAUUCAUCCGGGAGCGACCAAGAUGUACCAUGACCUCAAGAGGUACUAUCAUUGGGUCGGGAUGAAGAGGGAUGUAGCAGACUGGGUUGCGAAGUGCAACACUUGUGCCUUGGUGAAGGCAGAGCAUCAGGUUCCGGGUGGUCUUUUGCAGAGUUUACCCAUUCCAGAGUGGAAGUGGGACAGGAUUACGAUGGAUUUCGUGGUUGGACUACCUGUUUCGAGGACUUUCGAUGCUAUCUGGGUGAUUGUGGAUCGGUUGACUAAGUCCGCACAUUUCUUGGCCAUCAAGAAGACAGAUGGAGCUGCUGUCUUGGCUAGGAAGUUUGUGCGAGAGAUUGUGAGGCUGCAUGGAGUGCCAGCUAGUAUUGUGUCAGACCGUGAUCCCAGAUUCACUUCAGAGUUUUGGAGAGCGUUUCAGGCAGAGAUGGGCACUAAGGUGCAUUGA